AUGGCGAUGAAAUUCAACGGAGCUGUUAGUAGCCUGGCCGUCGUUUGCAUGGUGGCGAUGGGGUUUUCACUUUCAUUUCCCCAUGCGGCUGAGGCCGCCUUUAGCUGCCAACAAGUGAUGAGCCACCUAGCCCCAUGCCUUACGUACUUAGAAGGCGGCAGCGACGCGCCGGCGUUCAGUUGCUGCGACGGCGUUCGGGCAGUUAAUGACGCGGCCGGAACAACUUCCGAUCGCCAGGAUGCUUGCCGUUGCUUGAAGUCGAUUGCGGGAUCCAUACCCGCAAUCAAACCCGACAACGCAGCCAAUCUCCCGAGCCUUUGUAGCGUCAACGUUCCCUACCCAAUCAGCUUCGCAACCGACUGCGACAAUACUACUGAAGAGGAUGAUAGCUCAAGGAGGAACAGUGAUGAUGAUACCAAAGAGUUCAAAUCCAAGAACCUGAAAGCUGAGAGGAAGAGGAGAAAGAAACUCAGUGAUCGACUCCUGGAGCUGCGUUCCCUCUGUCCCAAUAUCACCAAUAUGAACAAGGCAACCAUAAUCACUGAUGCGAUAACUUGUAUCCAGAACUUACAGAACACUGUGGAAGAACUUAGUGAUGAACUUCAUUCCAUUGAUGCAUUGUUAAAGGAGGAAAUGAUUCCUUGCAAGAAUGAAGUGAAAAUUCAUGGUGCUGAAUUGGAAAUGAAGGAAUGUGGACUGCAGACAGAAGUUCAGGUCACACAUCUUUAUGGAAAUAAGCUUUGGAUUCAAAUCAUUUGCCAGAAGAAAAAUGGUGCACUGACUAAAUUGAUUGAGGCCAUUACCGUCCUUGGAUUUCACCCUCAAGACACCAGUGUUACCACAAUUAAGGGAGGACUUUUGGUUACUCUUUGUGUGGAGGCUUACCAUGGUGGAUUUAUUGAAGUAGCCAAAAUCAGAGAUUUCUUGAUGGAUACAGUCAGAAACAUGAAAUCCAGUAGCGAGAGACUGAAUAAAUUUAUUCAGAAUGCCUCCCCUGCUGAGGUUUCCUUCUUCAUUGGAAAUGCUCAAGCAGCUGCCAGAAGAUUGCAGUUCAGCUGGCCACCAUUAUCAUCUCCUUCUGCUUCUCCAGCUCCAUCUGAAGAAGGGGGAUUCGUCGAUCCCGCGGAUCCGGUGUUGCUGACACACGUAAGGAGCAGGCACCAUUCUUUGAAUGGAUCCAUGGCUUGUGGAGAUAUGAUUCUGGGUGGGUUUGCAACUGCUUUGAUUGCUUCAAUCUACUGUUACAUCCGCAUUACAAGAAAGUACCAUCAACCUCACAGCUAG